CUCGAAGCGGCUGAAUCCUCUGUUGGAUGUUGGAUGCUGCCCAUGCCCAUGUUGGAGACUUUAUCGAUUGCCAGUGAAUAUAAACAACCAGAAAACGACAACGACAACUGGUCCUGAUGCGGUCGCAAACGAGGGCAAUGUUUUCCAGUGCAGCAGAUGGCGCCUCUGUGUCGAACGAUCCCACCCUCCCUCCGGCACAGAGCGCAUCUUUAAUGCAGUUUCAGUCUGCCCCCAAACGGCGGCUCCCUGUCAGAUACAAUGGCUGGCGUUGGGAUUUGGGCAGAGCAAACGGAGUCUGCAUCGGCUGUUGGAUGAGGAAGCGCUGGGAGUGAAUUCAGUGGGUAGAUGGGUAGCUAACCGCAGGAGGUGAGAGCCGGAGGGAGACGGUGAUGCGCUGAGAACAUGCGAGUCCUGGCGUCUGGAUCUCAAGAUCGGGUUACGGACACAAGCGCACACAUGGGAACAUAACCGCCGUAAAUCAGUUUACCCAGCCAAGAAAUGACAUCAUUGGUUGUGGAGGUGGGCAUCUGCCUGAUUGGCUGGAUUACACUCUACGCCAUACUCUGUUACCUGAAUGGUUGCCGUGGUUAUGAGUGGAACUGUCGCCUGGUAACGCUGUUCCAUGGCAUCCUCAUUGUGUGUGUGACUGCGUAUAUUGGCUAUGUCGAUGGCCCCUGGCCUUUCACUCACCCAGGUACAGAGAACACACCUCUGCAGAUCCGGGCGAUGGUGCUCAGCCUGGGCUACUUCAGCUUUGACAUGGGCUGGUGUGUGUACUUCCGCACGGAGGGCGUGGUCAUGCUGGCGCACCACACGCUGAGCAUCGUGGGAAUGGCGCUGACGCUGUGGCUGGGCGAGUCGGGCAUCGAGGCGUGUGCCGUGCUGUUCGGCAGCGAGAUCACCAACCCGCUGCUGCAGAUGCGCUGGUUCCUGCGACGACUGGGCCGCUACGAGGGCGCGCUGGCCGGCGCCGUGGACCUGCUCUUCGUCACUCUCUUUGUCUUCAUGCGCAUCGUGCUGGGUGGCCACAUGCUGCUCUGCGAGCUGGCCUCCCCCCGGCCCCGCCUGCUCAUCAAGAUCGGGGGCGUGGCCAUGUACCUGCUGUCCUGGGUCUUCAUGGUGGACAUCGCCCGCUUCGCCUGGCGCAAGGCCCGGGCCCGACUCCCCCGCGGCUGGGUGUGGCACAAAGGGCCCGAGCUCAAUGGGCAUGAUGGGAAAUCUGACUGAGGAAGACCUACUGGGACCCGGCGCUGGAGCAGCUCCAGUUUCCUCACCUCCUCACGGGCCGAGACCCCCAGUGUACAGAGGAAUAAGGGGGUCACGCAGCCAAGACGCGGGUCAUGUUCGACUGAAAUGUGUGUCACAAAUUGCAGCAAGGAGAACUGUUUUUAUUAUUAUGUGUAAUCAUGAAUUCAGCAAAAAAACAGUGUGUGAAUGAGAAGAGAAAUGUACCAGUUGUUUCCAUUUUCUACUGGAAGCCGAGGACAUGGUGCUGUAGAGGUGUGGCUAGAUGCAGACCUGGGUUUGUAUACCUGCAAAGGCAUCGCUUUGGAUGACUCCUCCCUGAAGGGCUUUUUUAGGAAACUGUGUGUGAAAUGUUCGUCUGAGACAUUAAUCAUAUUUCUGACAUAAGCAGCUGCAGCUGUUUCUAUUACAAAGAUGGAGGCAAAUGUGAAAGUAAGGCUUUCAUCUGUAACUGUGAAACAAAAUUAGUUACCAAAAACCACACAACAGCAGGUUUUACACAUUUUAUUGUUUUGCUGUUAUGAACCAUGAUCUAGAAAUGGUACCAUCUGCUUCAUGUUGCAACCAGGAUGACUCCAACAUCUGGAAAUUUUCUGCAAAAGGACAAGUAUAUCCACACUGAGACUGUUUGGCAGAAGUACACCCAGACAUCACUGCCAAACGCUGAGUGAUACCCUCUCAGGCAACAGCAACAUGUGGAUCAAUAUAGAUGCUGAGAAAAGAUUCUUAGAACUUCUUAGAACAUUGGGAGAGAUGUUAUAUAGAGACGGUGAUGAAUUUGCAACUGUCUGUGCCAGCAUUAAUACACUAGUUACAUUUCACUGUUGCAACUCUUGAGUACUUUCUGCCUGCAGUAAACCCUCCAAGAUCAG